AUGCUAGAUGUGUGGGACUUGCCAGAUGGAGAAUUCAUACUUGUUGAAGUAGAUCAUUGGGGAAAUCCUAUGGGUUGGGAAGGGAAAACUCUACUGAAUGCAAUUGGGAGCUUGGUAAGGAGACACCAAUGUGCUCCUAUCAAUUUUCUUAGCUGGAAAGACAUGCCUAAGGACUAUAUUACUGACAUGGUUGAAUUAAUUCAGAGUAAGUUUCGAUUUGUUCCUGAAUUAACUGAACAAACAAAGAAAAUAUUGAUUGAUGACAUGAGUCUGAAAUGGAGGCAAUUUAAAUAUGAACUGAAAUCAAAAGGAUAUAAUGAGAGCAAAACUAAGGAGGAAAUGAUUGCUCACAUCCCAGAUCCAAGGGUUGAUCCUUCUCAAUAUCGUGAUUUAGUACAUUAUUGGUGUUCUGAGAAAGGACAGAAAAUAAGCAACAUCAACAAAAGGAGCCGCUCAAAAUAUGAGGACUUGCAUUGCAUGGGAACCAAUAAUCUUCCAAGACGGAUUCAUGAGAUGGUUUGUCUUUUUUAUAUUUUUUUUUUAUUAAAUUGCUUAAUACAAAUAGGAUGA